CACGCAAAUCUAGGAUGUCGUCCUACAUUCCUUCAGAAGAUGAAAAAGAGAAAUUUAUGGCUCGUGCCAUCGAACUUAGUGAGGAAGGAGCAGCUAAAGGAUGCGGUGGACCGUUUGGAUCGGUAGUUGUCAAAGAGGGAAAGAUUGUUGGUUAGUAUUGACAUUGAAAAUGGCCUUUUUGAGCUAUUUUGAAGGGUCUUAAAAAUGCCCCGCGGUCACAAAAUUUUCUAGAAUUUCUGCAAAAUCCCUUUUUCUAAUCGUUUGAAAGUAUUCUGUCUUCAUUUAGAAUUAAUAAGCGAUCAGGAAAACAAGAAUGUCUUCGCAGCUGAGCAGUUGUGGUUUCUUGGGGGCGUAGAGUAGAGUCGACACCGUUUCGUGAGAAGCAGUGCGUGACUUCGGGCACGUUUGCAUCCAAGCUAUGAAAUACCAGUCAGUCUGCUUUAUCAUAUGUUUAAACGUUUAUUGAACCCUUUGUACCCGCUUGGCUACUCUGAAGGUCGAUGAAAUUAAUAGUUGGAUUAUACUAAAACCAGUUAGUUUCUGCAGACCACGUUAAGUUAAGCCUUAGCUUACUACAGAACAAUAGCCUAAGGACAAUAUGUCAAUAAUGCCAAUAUAACAAUAAUACUAGGAGUAAUCGGAGCUUUGAAGAGUGCGUUCGAUAUGUUUGUAAGGCGUACAGGUAGCAGUUGAGGAGGAAGGGUGGAUGGUUAUUGCGAUAGAUUAAGCUCGGUUUAGGUGUGGUUGGUGGGAGCCGAUGUUGUUUUGUUUUGUUCUGUAUUUUGGAAACCAUUUUAAACGUUUGUUGCCAGGGAUCCGAUUCGGUCUUAUAUGAAUGAAUGCUUCCCCUUCAAGUUAUGGUUCUAUCAAAAUGCGCUGAUGUACUUUAUUAUAAAUGGCAACGAAAAACUAAAUAUCGUGAUGUCGUAUGUAACAAAUAUUUUUCAGCUGAAGGCUAUAAUCGUAAGUUUGAAGAUUUUGAUCCCAGUGCACAUGCAGAAGUGGUGGCUAUAAGAAAUGCUGGAAAGGCCCUGAGGACUCCAGAACUACAGGGAUGCAUCCUAUUUACAAGCUGUGAACCUUGUCCAAUGUGUACUGCAACGAUCUGGUGGAGCAGGUUAUUCUCUAAUACCUCAUUUCGUGAUUUUGGCGUUCUCAACUUCCUUUUAUUUUUUAAAAGAGUCUGAAAGUUUCAAAUUUCUAGGUAGAUUGGGAAAACAAUGUGUGAAAGCUUCACAAAUUAACAUUAUUUCACCUACAUACUGAAGAUACAGAACAGAGCUUACCAGUGUGUAAAACGAGUUAACUAGUUAUAUUGUCAAUACAUAUCAUGUAUAUGUCGUUGCUAUUACAAGUUAAUAUUUUUUUCUGUGAUUUGAAUUUUCUAUAAGAGUUUAAUUUCGCGAUUUUUUUACAAUCGCUAAAAACGCGAAAUUAAGUACCAAUGAGGUAGUCUACACAGCGACCACCUGCCUUAAUCUUAGCCAUGAUUUUUAUAGUUCUGAAGGAAUGUUUAAGACCUGUGUGUCCCUGCACUAGUUGUAGGUAGUUGCUUGCGUGAGGGUCUGAAAGGAGUUUAGUGUUUGGUUAUAUUUGCCCAUAAUUCGUAGUGUUCGCUGUUAAAUUGGUCAAUUUCUUAAUUUUUACUGUUUCCGGAGAAAAUACUGUUAAGUGUUUGGAGGGUUUAUCAUGAAAAACUUCUAGUCUUUAAGCAUUCUCAAUACCUAUCUGCGCUUGGAAAAUCGGUAAUAAAAUCACUCAUCAACUUUGAGCCUGUGCUAAAAGGGGACCUCUUUUUUUUCAACCCAUGCGCAAAAGUGUUCUGGGAAACCUGGGGACCAAUCUCAUAUUAGGUAUCCGCGAUCCUUUGGUCCUGUUAUUACACUAGUUAGAGUGAAUUACAAGGAUUUCUGUCACAGAAAAAAUUCGUAUCUGUCACAAUGUAAAAAAGUUUUCCUUCACAUGUGAAUAUAACGACGAAAAAAAAAUUCACAAAUUUUCGGAUUUCUCCUUUGGACAUCUUGGGUAGUCUGCAGACAUGAUUCUUCGCCAGUUUUCGUGAAUCUUCGGUUGUCUUCGGAAAUCUUCUGAAAUAAUCGGGAAUUUUGGGAAAAUGGUUGAAUACUCCUUGAUAUACUAAACAAACAAGACGCUAUCGGAGCGUACACUAUAGUAAGAGAUAUCGGAGCAGCUUUUAGUGCUUAAAUUGGCCUUGCUUCCAUAUUUCACAAUGUUUUAGUAGACAAUUUACGAAUCUCCUGUGAAAAAGAAACCGGUUCCACCCCGCCCUGGCAGAUCAUGAAAAAUUGCACACAUGACUAGUACGCACCGACCUCACUAACACUUUGAGCGCUUAAGCUUUUUAGCUCACCCCAACAACGCGUAAUUACCGGGCGCCAUUAAAAUGCUUUUAUUCGCUUGUUAUCUUUCAGGCUGGAUCGAGUAUACUAUGCACAUUCAGUCGACGAAGAUAAUGACCCCCUUCUUGGAAGUUACCAGUCAACAAUUCUCGAGUUUGUUAACACUCCGAUCGACAAUCGUUCUAUUCCUGGUGAGCAAGUUAAGAGCAAGGCAGAGGAAGCAUUUAACGUCAUCAAAAAAUACUUCUAAAUUAAUGUUAGGUGUCCCCAUUGGCCAUUGGCCAAGAAUUUAUGACGCGAUACACCUGUCUAAAGCUUUUCCACUUUUGGAAAUGUGCGAAACAAUAGUAUGACGUCACAGCAUGGCGGGU